UCAGGACGGUCACUUCACUUGGCCGCCGCAUCGCUGCACCAACGCAUCCGCUGCACGCGCACUGCUAAGUAUCGUUGAGUGAGUGAACGUGUCACGCGCUCAAGACUGUCUCAGCAUUCAUAGGAAACUUCCCAACACCAAUAGUGCCUCCGUCAGCAUGUCAUCAGGCAGCCGUCGGGCGUCACAGUUCCUGCAGGAAAAAGAGGAUGAGGUUCCCCAGUGGAUCCCUGGCCUCGGCACUGACAAGCCGCGUCCACGGACUCUGGGUACUUCCUUCUUUGGUUACGUUCCCGACGCCUUCGUGGAAAAGACACCUUUUCUGCCAUCUGAGAAGAAAGCCACUACUCCUACACCCAAGAACGGUGAGACCAAGGAAGCUGAGGACAAGAGUGAAGAAGCUCCCAACGGACAAUACCUGGACCCAUCGAGCAGUAAAGAGUUCCAGAGGGACAUGGACGCCAGCAGUGACGAGGGAGUGGUGACGGAGGAGGUGGUGAUGCCCCAGCGGGUGGAGCGGCGUGCAGCUGAGCCUUGGGACACCCAGUCUGUGGAUUCCACCGAUGGAAGUGCUCAAAACCGCCUGCUGAUCAAGGGCGGCCGAGUGGUAAAUGAUGACAUGAUGCAAGAUGCUGAUGUCUAUAUUGAAGAUGGCAUCAUUAAGCAAGUGGGGACCAACCUGCACACUCCAGGUGGCACCAAAGUGGUGGAGGCCAAGGGUCAUCUGGUUAUGCCAGGAGGUAUUGACACCCACACUCAUAUGCAGUUGCCAUUCAUGGGAACUUUUGCUAUUGAUGAUUUCUACACUGGUACCCGGGCAGCUCUGGCAGGAGGCACCACCAUGAUCAUGGACUUCGCUAUACCACAAAAAGGAGAAUCCCUGGUGGAGGCUUAUCACCGCUGGAGGAGUUGGGCUGAUCCCAAGGUGUGCUGUGACUAUGCACUACAUGUGGCAGUUACUUGGUGGAGUGACAAGGUUGGAAAGGAGAUGGAAGAACUGACUGAAGAACAUGGUAUAAAUUCAUUCAAAAUGUUUAUGGCCUAUAAGGACACUUGGCAACUGGAUGAUCAUGACCUACUGGAAUCAUUUAAACAGUGCAAAGAAAUUGGUGCUCUUGCACAGGUUCAUGCAGAAAAUGGAGACGUUAUCAAAGAGAAUAGUGCCAAGCUGCUGGAUAUGGGCAUCACAGGACCUGAAGGUCAUGAACUGAGUCGCCCAGAAGAGGUAGAAGCUGAGGCCACCAACAGAGCCUGUGUCUUAUCAAACCAGAUUGGGUGUCCCCUUUACAUUUGCAAUAUAAUGAGUAAAUCAGCAGCCUCAGCUUUAGGGGAACAUCGCCGAAGAGGCAAUCUUGUUUGGGGGGAGACCAUUGCUGCAGCUCUGGGCACUGAUGGUUCUCACUACUACAAUCCGUGCUGGCAACAUGCAGCUGGCCAUGUCUUGUCUCCCCCUCUUCGUAAUGAUUCUAGUACCCCCAGUUCCCUGAUGGAGCUGUUGGAUGUUGGUGAUCUGCAGACAACAGGUACAGACAACUGCACCUUUACAGCCUCUCAAAAGGCACUUGGGAAAGACAACUUCACCAAGAUUCCUAAUGGUGUGAAUGGUGUUGAGGAUCGUAUGUCAGUUAUUUGGGAAAAGGGUGUUGUGUCAGGGAAGAUGGAUCCCUGCAAGUUUGUGGCUGUCACUUCUACAAAUGCUGCAAAGAUCUUCAAUAUUUAUCCUAAAAAGGGGCGUAUUGCAGUUGGUUCUGAUGCUGAUAUCGUUGUCUGGAAUCCACAUGCCACCAGGAUUAUUUCUGCAAAGACUCAUUACCAAGCCGUAGAUUUCAACAUCUUUGAGGGUAUGGAAGUUCAUGGUGUUGCUGACUAUGUAAUAUGCCAUGGCCGUGUAGUGGUGGAAGAAGGAAAUGUUCGAGCCGUUUCUGGCAUGGGCAAAUUUGUUCCAACUCCUAAUUACAGCCCUUAUGUAUACGGCAGAGUACAAGAAAGGGACAUUGCAAAUGCUCCAAAGAAGGUUGAACGUGCUCCUUAUGAUGGCCCUGUUGUUCAGCUGAAUAAUCAAGGACUUACUCAAGCAGUAGAGGGCAGCAUCAUUCCAACCAAUCAGGAGUUUUACACUCGAGGUCCGACUAGAUGUGGAGGACUCAACCUCCAUGAUUCAAGCUUCCACGUUUCGGGUGCUCAGAUGAAUGAUAAGUCUCCCAAGCGUCCUUCAGUGAAGGUGCACAACCCACCUGGUGGCAAGGCAUCAGGAAGUUUCUGGUGAAGAUGUUAAAAGAAGCAUCUUGGCUGUGUUAAUGUGGACCAGACCUAUUCAUUUGGUCCCUACAAAGCUCCUCUAGAGAUGUUUUACAAAAACACAUGCUUUGUUUUUAUAAAAAUUCAUCAUCUUUUUGAAAAUUUGAGAAACUAUUUCAUAGAUAGUGAAACUGAAUAGUUUGAUGUAGAAUUUAAAAUGGAUAGAGUUAAAUAACAUUAUCUAGAAAGUAGAGGAAUAUUUUUUUCUAACAUUUUAUAUUUGAAUAUAAUCAUAGUCAACUUUACUAUUCUGAUACAGAAUUUAUAGUCUUGAAAAAGGUACACUUAAAUAAUAUUUGUCAUGUGAUAGCAAGGACUGGUACAUAUAAAUGCUGCAAACAAAGUUGCCUUACUGAAGUGAAGACAAGUUAUACAAGGUAGCAUAUUUUUCAAGAUUUUUAUUAAGAUAGAUGGAAGGUUUUUUUUGGCUGUAGUGUAUUUUCAGCAUGCAAGUAUUUGGAUGUUAAGCUUUAUUAUGUAUUUUUUUUUUAUUAUAUAAUAAUAUAUAUAUAUAUAUAUAUAUAUAUAUAUAUAUAUAUAUAUAUAUAUAUAUAUAUAUAUAUAUAUAUAUAUAUAUAUACACACACACACACACACACACACACACACACACACACACACACACACACACACACACACACACACACACACACACACACACACACUAGAAAAGUAUUAAAAGAAAAGGAAUAUAUGGAAGAUGUUGCAUCAUGCCAAUUUUUUCUUUAUAUGUGCUAAAAGAAUCUUUCUUGAAUGACUUAGAAUACACAAACAAACUCACUUGGAGAAAAGUAAAUUCUUUGUUUAAGAAUUAAUGCUGUCUGGCUUAUCUCUGCAAAAUGUGUUGAAUUUACUUCAAUUUCCAAGAAUUGAGCUUACCAUUAUAAUUGCAAACAAAAGUUUGUGGAUCACCCGGGUUGGAGUGGUUCACAUUUACUAGCCUGCAGGUCAUUAUAGUAGUCUCAUACAUUAAUGUACAUCAUUAUAUGAACAUGUAAUUGUUCAAAUAAGAAAGAGAAAAUAAA